AUGAAUGGCUCGAAUGAACCUGCUCAACAGAUGGACAAUGACAUAUUCCUCGAUGUAGGGAUGGCAACUGCCCCAGCAAGCCCAUUGCUUGAUACGAUAUCCUUGCGUACCACAUCCAGCCAGCCUGCCUUCCCCACCACCUGCAAGACAAUAUUCCAAGAUUUGAGCUACGAAGAUUCAAUUCGACAGGAUACACCUCCACCCUAUCUACCCACCUCAACACCUGACUCAAUGGCAGCUUUUGCGGGUGUCAACCAAAUGUUGGAUGCCCUCCUCGAGUCGAUGGAUGAACAGAGCAUCGGCAAUCUACUGGAGAACCUCGAUCACCAGAUCAUGGCUCUCGAUCCGGAGCCAUUUGAGGAAGAGGAGAAUGAGAGAGGAUGGGAGUUCAAGAGCGAAGCGUGGAGUGAAUGGCAGGACGUGAUUGACGGAGAGAAGGAUGGGUUAGCUGAAGAGGGGUGGCUUGAUGGUACUGGAACCGAAGCUGCUGUACAUUUGGAGGGCCAGCCGGAUACAUUGGAUGACGUGAUCGACGUGGACUCACUGGGAAUCCUGCUUCCCAACCACACUCUACAAGGCACGGACUUCCACAAUCUUCCUGCGGUUUGA